UCCCCCACUGAGCUUCUUCAUGCGCGUGAGCGAGCGCAUGCCUGUGAAGAGGGUGGGGGAAAUCUCAAGCAGGGGGCGCGCAUGAGCGGCAAAGCCCCUCCUGUCUGCCUAUAUAUAAAGGGCUGGCACGGGCCUUGGCAGCGCCAUUUUACACUGGAGUGGAGCAGCCUAUAGAGCCAGCCGUAGGAGUCUGCCUACCAAUACAGAGCCUUCGAGUUGUCUUGGGCCGCCAUUACAACCCACCUCCACGGGCUUGGAAAUAGCCUUCAUCCUGGUCUAUGACCUGUCCCAGCGGACAGUACAGACCCCAUAGAAGCCCCUGAAGCUGCUCCUUUUCUAGCCCCACCCAGUCCUCGGAGUCUGUCCACUCCUCUACUCUGCCCUCCAGAAGAUUUCAAGGAUGGACGCGGCUGCUCCCUAAACCACUUUUCAUAUUUAUCCGCCUCCAUCCGAGAUCAAAACGGGACCUCCUCGGGCCCAUAGGGUCCAGACAAGAAGAGGGGAUCCCUGCAGACCAACAGCGGCCUAUACUGAUGACGGUAUCUGAGAUCAGGGACUGUCUUGUUUUGAAGAGUCAGUCCCUCCUUAGUCGUCCACCUCAGCCGAGGCCGCCGCCAUUUUCUUGCUGUCCGCUGCCUGCAGAGUCAGCCAAGCUGUCCGAAGAUCUCCACGAGACCCCGAAGUCACUGCUUUCCUACCGGCGGGGAAGGGGUUUGUCGCCUGGAGGGCUAAGAGCAACGGCCUCCCAUCCACUUACCGGGUGAUGCUGGACCUGGCCGGACAGUGAGGGGAACUGAAGCCAUCCAGACUUACCGCUGCUGAGAUGCUGCAAAACGUGAGUCCUCACAACAAGCUCCCUGGGGAAGGGAAUGCAGGAUUGCUGGGGCUGGGCACAGAAGCAGCGGCACCAGGGAAAAGGAUUCGAAAGACUUCCUGCUUGUAUGAGGGAUUUGAGAGCCCCACAAUGGCUUCGAUGCCUGCUUUGCAACUGCCCCCUGCCAACCCACCACCACCAGAGGUGUCCAAUCCCAAAAAGCCAGGACGAGUUACCAACCAGUUGCAAUACCUACACAAGGUAGUGAUGAAGGCUCUGUGGAAACAUCAGUUUGCAUGGCCAUUCCAGCAGCCUGUGGAUGCUGUCAAACUGGGUCUACCGAAUUACCACAAAAUUAUAAAACAGCCUAUGGACAUGGGUACUAUUAAGAGGAGACUUGAAAACAAUUAUUACUGGACUGCCUCAGAAUGUAUGCAAGAUUUUAAUAGCAUGUUCACCAACUGUUACAUUUACAACAAGCCCACUGAUGAUAUUGUCCUAAUGGCACAAAUGCUGGAAAAGAUCUUCCUACAGAAAGUUGCAUCAAUGCCACAAGAGGAACAAGAGCUGGUGGUGACCAUCCCUAAGAAUAGCCACAAGAAGGGGGCCAAGUUGGCAGCACUCCAGGGCAGUGUUACCAGGGCCCAUCAGGUGCCUGCUGUCUCUUCUGUGUCACACACAGUCCUGUGUACUCCACCACCUGAUAUACCUUCCACUGUUCUCAACAUUCCCCACCCAUCAGUCAUUUCCUCUCCACUUCUCAAGUCCCUGCACUCUGCUGGACCCCCACUCAUUGCUGUUACUGCAGCUCCUCCAGCCCAGCCCCUUGCCAAGAAAAAGGGUAUAAAGCGGAAAGCAGAUACUAUCACCCCUUCACCUACAGCCAUCCUGGCUCCUGAUUCCCCAGCUAGCCCUUCUGGGAGUCUUAAGCCUAAGGCAGCAUGGCUUCCCCCUAUGCGCAGAGAGAGUGGUCGCCCCAUCAAGCCCCCACGCAAAGACUUGCCUGACUCUCAGCAACAUCACCAGAGCUCUAACAAAGGAAAGCUUUCGGAACAAUUAAAGUAUUGCAAUGGCAUUUUGAAGGAGUUACUCUCUAAGAAGCAUGCUGCCUAUGCUUGGCCUUUCUAUAAACCAGUGGAUGCUUCUGCACUUGGCCUGCAUGACUACCAUGACAUCAUUAAGCACCCUAUGGACCUCAGCACUGUCAAGCAGAAGAUGGAGAACCGUGAUUACCGGCAUGCACAGGAGUUUGCUGCUGACCUAUGGCUUAUGUUCUCCAACUGCUACAAGUACAAUCCCCCAGAUCACAAUGUUGUGGCAAUGGCACAAAAGCUACAGGAUGUAUUUGAGUUCUGUUAUGCCAAGAUGCCAGAUGAACCACUGGAACCAGGGCCUUUAUCAGUCUCUACUGCCAUGCCCCCUGGCGUGGUCAAAUCAUCUUCAGAGUCCUCCACUGAUGAAAGUAGCAGUGAGAGCUCCUCUGAGGAAGAAGAAGAGAGUGAAAGCUCAGACUCAGAGGAAGAAAGGGCUCAUCGCUUGGCAGAACUGCAGGAACAGCUUCGGGCAGUACAUGAACAACUGGCUGCUCUGUCCCAGGGUCCAAUAUCCAAGCCCAAGAGGAAAAGAGAGAAACAAGAGAAAAGGAAACGGAAGACAGAGAAGCAUCUAGAACGAGGUGGGGCCGAUGAAGAUGACAAGGGGCCUCAGGCACCCCACCCACCUCAGCCCAAGAAGUCCAAGAAAGCAAGCAGCAGUGGAGGUAGCAGUACUGCUUUAAGCUUUUCUGGCUUUGGACCUUCUGGAGGAUGUGGCACCAACCUCCCCAAAAAUGCCACAAAGACGGCCCCACCUGCUCUGCCUACAGGUGAUGAUUCAGUGGAGGAGGAAGAGAGCAGGCCCAUGAGUUAUGACGAAAAGUGGCAGCUGAGCCUGGACAUCAACAAAUUACCUGGAGAGAAGCUGGGCCGAGUUGUGCACAUAAUCCAAGCCAGGGAGCCCUCUUUACGUGAUUCAAACCCAGAAGAGAUGGAGAUUGAUUUUGAAACACUCAAGCCAUCCACACUUAGAGAGCUUGAGCGCUAUGUCCUUUCCUGCCUACGUAAGAAACCCCAGAAGCCUUAUACCAUUAAGAAGCCUGUGGGAAAGAAGCCUGUGGGAAAGACUAAGGAAGAUCUGGCUUUGGAGAAAAAGCAGGAAUUAGAAGAGCAGUUACGAGAUGUCAGCGGACAGCUCAACUCCACUGAAAAGCCCCCCAAGAAAGCAAGUGAGAAAACAGAGUCAUCCUCUGCACAGCAAGUAGCAGUAUUACACCUCAGCGCUUCCAGCUCCAGCUCAGAUUCCAGCUCCUCCUCUUCAUCACUGUCUUCUUCAGACACAAGUGAAUCAGAUUCAGGCUAAGGGGCCAGGCCACAUGGGGCAGGAAGGCUACGCAGGACCGGACCCCUAGACCACCCUGCCCCACCCACCCCUUUCCCCUUUGCUAUGACUUCAUCUUACCGCCCUGUCCCCCUCUAGGAGAGCUGGGUCUGCAGUGGGGAAUGGAUAGAGGGACAUUUAUUGAAGGAGGGACAUGGACAAAAUAAGACUGAAUUCUCAAGAGGCCCCAUUGGGGAGUGAUCUCUUGGACACAGAUCCCCCAUUCAGAAUGACUGGGGCAGGGCAAGGGGGUACAGGGUGAAAGUGUGCAAAGCCCCUGGAGUUACCUGAGGUCAUAGCUGCUCUGUUCACUUCUAAGGACCCUGAUUUGAGGUUGUUUGUUCUAAUUUAUUUUAAGCUAGGUAAGGCUGGGGGGAGGGUGGGGCCUUGGUCCCUUCAGCCUCCACGGGGAGGGAAGAAGGGGGAGCUUUUUUUUAGAUUGACAUUUUUUUUUCUACUCUUGUUUUCCCUUUCCUUCGCUCCAUUUGGGGCCCUGGGGGUUUCAGUCAUCUCCCCAUUUGGUCUCCUGGACUAUCUUUGUUGAUUCUAACUUGUAAAUAAAGAAAAUAUUAUUCAAAAAAAAGAAGAAAAUAUAGCUAUGUGACACUUGGACAUUUUUUUUAAAGCACAGUGUUAAAGAGCAACUUUAUGUGCCAUGAUCAUUAAAAUCAACAAAAUGCAUUUGACUCAAAACAGGACAUAGAUGAACAAAAAUGGGUCUUCAGUCAUUUGGAAAUGCUAACGUGCUGACUGCCUGAUUAAACACAAUUUGUAUUGUCAAUAAAAAAUGCAAAUGGCUAUUUUACUGGCAAAUACAGCAUUAGACUUUGCUUGAUAUGAGGAUUAAAUUGCAUUUCAAGAACAAUUCUGGAGGUCAAAUUAUAAAUGAACAUCCCCUUUCAUUGUCCUUAGGUUC